UUUUAAUAUCGUUGCCUCGCUCUGGAUAAUCUUGAGCAGGCCAUUUUGAAGAUUGUCUGAUCUCUUUGUUCUCCCCGUUGAUACCCAUUUCUACCGUCUUCAUCACAAUGGCUUCGUGGCUUCAGAUUCCCAAGAACUCGCCCUUUUCUCUGGCGAAUAUUCCAUUUGGCAUCAUCUCCUCUGCAAAGGUCACCUCUCCUGUGGCCGCAGUUGCGAUCGGUGACUAUGCGCUCAACCUGAGCGCGUUCGCCUCGUCGGGCGGUUUCUCGCAGCUCCCCGUCAUCCAGCCCCAUCUCAGCGUAUUCAGCCAGCCAACUCUUAACGCGUUUGCAGCGCUCGGCCGUCCCGUGCACCGUCAAGUGCGUGAAUAUAUCCAGUGCAUCUUCCGUGCCGAUACGCCAUUCGCCCAGAUUCUCAAGGACAAUUCCUCCUUGCAGAAGGAGGCGCUUUUGCCCUUGUCAGAAGUGACCAACCAUCUUCCCAUGCACAUUGGCGACUACACCGACUUCUACGCGGGGCUCAACCAUGCUUACAACAUUGGUGUGCUGUUUCGCGGUCCUGAUAACGCUCUGCAGCCCAAUUAUAAGCAUCUCCCUGUUGGAUAUCACGGCCGUGCCUCUUCAGUCGUGACUUCGGGCACUCCUAUCCGCCGUCCCAAUGGCCAAAUCCUAGCCAACCCCGCCGCUAACCCCAAGGUGCCGACCUUUUCCCCAUGCAAGAGAUUGGAUAUCGAAUUGGAACUUGCCGCUUUUGUCAGCAAGAGAAAUGAGCUGGGCCAUCCAGUUUCUAUUGAUGAGGCCGAGGACCAUAUUUUCGGCGUCGUAUUGAUGAACGACUGGUCGGCCCGUGAUAUUCAGGCUUGGGAGUAUGUUCCUCUUGGGCCCUUCAACGCGAAGAACUUUGCCACCACCAUCACACCCUGGGUGGUCUUACUCGACGCUUUGGAGCCCUUCCGCACCACCGGUCUGGAGCCAGGCAACCGCGAAUCGCUACUGCCCUACCUGCGCGAGAAGCGCGAACUUAAUGCCUACGACAUCCCUCUCGAGGUUGAGAUAACCAACGCUGGUGGAAAGCCCACUUUGAUCUCUCGCACCAACGCCAACAACUUGCUGUACUCGUUCCCUCAGAUGCUGGCGCACCACACCAUCACAGGUUGCAACAUGAACACCGGCGACCUGCUUGGCAGUGGUACCAUUUCUGGCAAGGAGGAUAAGUCUCAGGGCAGUCUCCUCGAGCAGACCAACGGCAAGAACCCUCUGAAGCUGGCUGAUGGCUCCGAGCGAUUGUUCUUGGAGGAUGGAGACACUGUCGUUCUGCGCGGCAUGGCGGGCACGGAAGGAAACUACGUCGGGUUUGGUGACUGUGUUGGCACAAUUCUUCCAGCCCUCAAGUUGGAGUUCUAAGCUGUAGAUGACCAGGUCUUUUCAUCUUUAUUUUAUUUAAUCCCCAAAAGGAUGCUUCAUGAGCUAGCUAUGAGUAUGAAAUUGAGAUAGACCUUUUCCUCAUCUUGAGACCAUCACAACUAUAUCGAGUAGUCCAGCGCGCUGAAUAGUUGAUAUUCAUUCCAAACGAAGCUUUGUCCCAACAUCUCAAACAACCAUCUCUUCUCAUGACGAAAUCACUCGAAACUCCUCCGGCGUAUCAGGCUGCGUCCUCCAAUGCGCCCUCUUCAUCGCAUCUUCCUCC